AUGGGGAUCGUUUCUAGACGUUGGUAUCUGUUAAUUGUAGUCAUAUCGACUCUUAUUUUUUCUGUCGAAUGCCAGAAGAAACGUGGAAGUUAUCACGAGAGAUACAUGUUUGAGAAGAAGAAGAAGAAUAAGAAUAAGUAUAGUCAUCGAGGACACUUUGAUCGACAUCCCGAAGACGAGACUGUCAUACCACUUUUUGCAUACGUCAAUCACUCUCGUCUCCACCACUUGCCCACGUACAGAACCUUCAUCGAUUUGAUGAAGUUCUAUGACCCCGAUGUCUUGAAAGUGGAUCCCUCUGGUCCUGAAAAAACUCAAGCUCAAGUAGCAUUCCUGGAUGCUAUUAUGGAAACUGAAGUGAUGAAAAUGGUCCAGGCUUAUCUAGUCGAAAAGAACCUCACCUCAUCGGUUAAAAGUGAAUUCAAGGAACAAAUAGGCAACAUCUGGUUUGUUCCUUAUAUGAGGAAAAGACGAAUGAGUUCAAGCGCGUUCGAGCACGUCUUUCUAGGUGAGCAAUCAGGAUUGCGGGCAAAGGGGCUCCAUUAUUGGCUUCCACUCUUCGUAUACGAAAAAACUGGAAUUCUGAACUGCUCUGGUAUUGAAGAAAAGAAACGCAAUUUGAAGAAUGUCUUCUCAGUGUCGUUUACAUGGCGAGGUAAUUUGACGAAAGAGUUUGGUACCUUCAUCAUCGGAUCCUCUCCAGAGUUCGAGAUAGGUGUCUAUACUGCGGCAUUCUUGACAAUGAAUUCUCUUUGGCCUGCUGGAUUCCGCCACGCCUUGUCAUUCAAAGUCAAAAACACCAAGCUGGUCGUUCAGUGCUAUCGCAACGACCGUGCCAUUUUAGGUUCAUGCUACCUGCUUUGA